CGUCAUAAUGUGUUCCAGCGAAUUGUGAUUCAUGCUCUCAGGUAUUAAGAUACAGUAUGACUUGUAGAUGUGGAAUUGAGCAACAGCAGUAAAUCGCGUCAGAUGCAGUUUCCUGACCACAUCACACUGAACGCGCGAGCACUGUUGAGCGAUCUUGCGUGACGUCGCGUCGUUCGCGGUAUAUUGUUAUAGUCCAUCCACUGAACGAUGAUGGGGUUUUUAUUUCUGGAAUACUUGCGAUCAAAACAAGGAAUUCUGAAGCUCGCUCAGCUCGUGAUUCUUCUUUUAGCGUUCGCUUGCGUUCGUUCCACGUGGUACAACAGUCUCUACGCUUACGGUUUCUUUGAAGGGGUCACGCUCGGUUACUGCAUCACGGUCUCUGUUUUUCUAAUCCUGACUGUAUUUGGGGUUCCGAAAAGGACAUCGUUUGUAAACUGGAAGAUAGCCGAGUUUGUGCUUGAUACACUGGGAUUCAUCUUCAUCUCCACUGGUUCCAUUGUAGCUGCUGUGAAGACUUAUGACACCCCCAUUCUGGUUGCCGCCUCAGUGUUUGGUCUUCUGGCUUCAUAUCUCUCAGUUGUAAGUGUGUUGCUUUCAUUUGUUGCCGCUCGCAGCUCAAAACCUGAGGGUAAGUUAGGAUCCGAGCGAUUUCAGUGUGUUUUUCAGCAUAUUUAGAUAAACUGAACAUAGCUGGAUCUGUAAUACAUGUUCGGAGUAUCUGAAAUAAUGUUUUUCUGUUCCAGAUCCAACAAUAUAAAAAUAUUGUCUUCUGUCCUCAACAACAGGAGAGCAUGGAUGGGGAAUUGAUUAGGGCAUGGUUGUUUUAGUACAUUUACACGGAUUAGAAUAUCACUCAUUACAUGCAUCGCUUAUUGCAGUCAGAUGGUUUUAAUACUAUAAUUAUUAUAUAAUAUUUAAUUUUAUAAUACCCUGUUAAUAAUUUACUGGUGCAUACAUUUUAAUAAAUUGUCUCAACUUUGCUUUACGUUUUUACAAACUGUAUUAUUACAAAAAAUAUUUCCCUGAGCAAUCUUGUAAUGUUAGUUGGUUUUGUGGCCAAACGUGUUCAUCUAAUGCUUUAACAAAGAAAAAUGAAUGUUGGUACAGAUUUGUCAAAUGUUGAACUGUCUGGAACUUCUGUUUUGCGGAGACCACAGACUUCCUGUGUCAUAAAACUCUCCACCCACACAAAACAACGUCAGAGACAGCAGCCAUUCCCAAUAAAUACAACUUUAAUAGAAUGAUUACAGACCUGAUCCAGAGAAACAUCACUACAUCUUGUGAAAUUACAGGACCAUAUUAGCGUAUGUUUAUUUCCUCCUCCCUCUCGUAAGAAGUUUCGGUUGAUGACUGUACAUGCAGGUGAGGGUGAUCUGAGAUCUCACCUGCCCUGCCACCUCUGCCUCUCCCCCCUCCCUUCCCAUCCUGGUACUAAUUUCUAGCCGUUAAAGUCUCUAAACAGACAAAUCUCCUGCUGAAUUUACUCAUUUUGCUCAAACUCCCGCGCACACACUCACACACACACACACACACACACACA